UAAUACAAAUAGCCGAGAAUUGGCACACACCUGAAGCUAUCCAGCAGAACCGACGACGACGACGACGGAGGAGGAGGAAGAACGAAGAAGAAGAAGAAGAAGAAGAAGAGGAAGGAAGAAUCGACCCUCGGAUUUCGCCAUAGAUUCUAGCUUCCUCUUCCGCUUCCGCGCGCGUAUAAAUCUCAGCAGGACUGUACUCGUAAAUGGGGAGCCGUGGCCAGAAGCGAACUGAAGUAGUUGAGGAUUUUCCUGCUGAUAAGCGUGCUUGUAGUUCCUUGGAUUUUAGACCCAGUUCUUCGAGCUUGCCGAUGGAGAACCAAGUAGAGUCUACCAGCUCGAGGUUGGAAUCCCAUGAGACAGACAUGGACACUGCCUCGACUGCUUCAGCGUCCAGUCAUUCCGAGGGUGAGCCGGAAAAAGAUUCGACGUGCGGGUCUUGUGAUUCCGAUGAUGUGGACCCCCGGUAUGGGGGUCUCCGUGAAUACCAUCGGAGUCGGUCAUUCGGUGACCAUUCCAAAUUCAAGAAGAUUCUAUCGAGCUUGACUGAAGAAACUGAACCUUCGGGGCAAUUGGCUGUGCUUACUGAGCUAUGUGAAGUUCUGUCAUUCUGUACAGAGGAUUCGCUUUCAAGCAUGCUGGCUGAUGCAUUCUCUCCAAUUCUUGUAAAGCUUGCGAGGCAUGAGAGCAAUCCAGACAUAAUGCUAUUGGCUUCAAGGGCUAUAACUUAUCUUUGCGACGUAUUUCCUCGAUCAUCGGCACUCCUAGUUAGGCAUGAUGCAGUUCCUGCUAUUUGCCAACGAUUGAUGGCAAUUGAGUACUUGGAUGUUGCUGAACAGUGUUUGCAAGCCUUGGAGAAAAUAUCUCGAGACCAACCUCUUGCCUGCUUAGAGGCUGGUGCUAUUGUGGCUGUGCUUAAUUUUAUUGAGUUCUUUUCAACAAGUGUGCAGCGAGUUGCUCUCUCUGUUGUCGCGAAUAUCUGUAAGAAACUUCCAUCUGAUUGCCCUUCACUUUUCAUGGAUGCUGUUCCUAGUCUCUGCAACCUUCUUCAAUUUGAGGAUCAACAGCUUGUUGAAAGUGUGGCAUUCUGCUUAACUAAGAUAACUGAGAGAGUUAGUCAGAACCCGGAGAAGUUAGAUGAAUUGUGCAAGCAUGGAAUGAUCAACCAAGCCCUACGUCUUAUCAACUUAAAUAGCGGAACCACUUUAUCCCUGCCAGUUUAUAAUGGAAUCAUUGGGAUGCUUGUGAAACUUUCUUCUGGUUCAUAUCUUGGUUUCAGAACUCUCUAUGAACUUAAUGUAUGCAUCAUUCUGAAGGAUAUAUUGGCUACUUACGAUGUUCCCCAUGGAGUGUCAUCUCCUCGUUUGGCUGAUGGACACGGUAUUCAGGUACAAGAAGUUCUGAAGUUGCUAUAUGAGCUUCUCCCCUCGCUGGCCAAUAACGAGGAUUUUCAGCAAGUAUCUGAAAAGGGAGCUUUUUUAUGCAGUAACCCUGGUUUUCUGCGGAUGUUUGGAGUGGACAUACUUCCAUUACUGAUUCAGAUGGUUAAUUCUGGCGCAAACAUACGUGUUUGCUAUGGUUGCAUAAUAAUCAUCAACAACUUGUUAUCUCUGAGCACAUCUGAUAUUCUUGCUGAAGUGCUGACAAACUCAAAUUUUUCAAGCUUUUUGGCGGGAGUGUUUACGCGCAAGGAUCACCACGUAUUGGAUAUAGCCCUUCAAAUUGCUGAGUCAAGCUUGCGAAAGCUCGGUGAUAUGUGCUUGAAGUCUUUCAUCAAGGAAGGUGUCUUUUUCGCUAUUGAUGCCCUAAUAACACCAGAAAAAUGCUCGCAUAGAUUGUUUCCAGUCUUUAGUGGCAAUCAGCUCUCAGUUGAUUCCAGUCAAAAGCCAGCUAACAAGGGAGUGCUGAGAUGCUUAUGUUAUGCCUUUGAAAAUGAUCAUUCUCCUUCAGCUUCGGAAACGAGAACUUGCAAGCUUGCUCUGGAUACCAUUCAUCAACGGGCAAAGGACAUAAAAACUAGCUUCUUCUCUCCUGAGCUUUGUGAUUCUGAGGAAGCUCUGACUGAUAUCCUUCAAAUGCUCAAAACUUUGGCUACUUCAAUAAAUGAUCUGAUGAACAAGCCCGUUGAUGAAUCCUCUUUACAGCAUGAGGAGAAGUUUCAUUCCAUUUUGCAUCAAAUAGCAGUGAAGCUCAACGGUAGUGAACCCAUUUCCACUUUUGAAUUUAUUGAGAGUGGCGUUGUUAAAUCUUUAGUGAAUUACCUAUCCAAUGGCUUGUCAACAAGUGAUGAGGUUGAACUGGAUGACAAAGUUGGUCACUUGCUUGUCAUUGAGAAACGACUGAGAGUUUUUGGAAGGUUAGUAUUUACUGCCUUGGAUUCCCUUCAUGGGGAUUUGCCCAUGGUGAUUUUGAUACGGAAACUGCAAAGUGCACUGUCCUCGCUGGAAAACUUUCCCGUCAUUAUAAACAAUUCAACCAAGCAAAGAAACUCGUUUGCUAUGGUCCCCAAUGGACGUUGCGUAUCACAUCCAUGUCUAAGAGUUCACUUUGUGAAGGGAGAAGGGGAGGAAAGCCUAUGUGAUUAUUCUCAGGAUGUUCUAACAGUGGAUCCUUUCACACCUUUGAAUGCCAUUGAAAGGUUUUUAUAUCCCAAGGUCAAGAAAAGUGAGCAUGUGGAGAAAAAUGCACUUGUUGAACAGCAAAACUUACCUCUGAAGUUGCCAAUAAAUGCAAAUCUUACUUGUGGCGAAAGUUCCAAGCAUAUGGAAUUUCAUGGUAUGUCCACAGCUUUACAAGACCUGCAACAAGGUGAAGCCAACUUAUCAAAGUCUAUACAUGAUCAACCGGAUGUAGGACAACAGUCAAAUCCUGGUGAAACUUCAGAUGAACAGGAUUGUGCGGUCUCACAAUCCAAGGCUCCAGAGCCAGAUAUUAAUGGGUCAACUCAAAGUCCAUCCUCUGAAGAUGACAAUCCUUCGCCAAAAUUGUUGUUUUACUUGGAUGGGCAACAGAUUGAUAGAACACUUUCUCUUUAUCAAGUUUUUCUUCAACAACAAAUAAAAGUGGGAAAUGAGACGAUUGCCAGUGCAAAGUUGUGGAGUCAGGUGUUUACACUAACAUAUAAAAGGGCUGCUGAACCAAGACAAGAGUAUUCUCAAGAAUGCCCAUUCUCAGCUAGAAAUUUGCCUCUAUUGGAUAAAAAAGGGGUCCAUAUGCAAGGCAUACCAUGUUUCUCUUACUUAUUUGCUGGUAAACUCGUUUCGAACUUGGAGAAGCCCAGUCCUGUCUACGACAUCAUAGUCUUGUUAAAAAGUAUGGAAGCAAUGAACAGACGAGCAUUUCAACUGAUGUCUAUGGAAAGAAUGGCUGCUUUUGCUGAAGGAAGAAUGGACAACUUAGAUGAUCUCAAGUUCAUGGCUCCCUUGGUCCUGCAGAAUGAGUUUGUGAGCAGCAAGUUGACAGAGAAAAUAGAACAACAAAUGCGGGAUUCCUUAGCUGUUUCAACUGGUGGUAUGCCUUCAUGGUGUAACCAACUGAUGGAUUCAUGCCCCUUUCUAUUCAGUUUUGAGGCACGAAGGAAGUACUUUCACUUGUCUGCUUUUGGUCAGCUCCAGAUUCAAUCCGAUCCCUCAUCUCAUGGUAGUACAGGCUCUUCAACUGAUAGAAGGCGAAGUGCAAGUAGCUUGGUGCGAAAGAAGUUUCUAGUACAUAGAGAUCGUAUUAUGGACUCUGCCAUCCAGAUGAUGGAUUUGUAUGCCCGUCAGAGGGUAGCCCUUGAAGUUGAAUUUGAUGAUGAAGUCGGUACUGGUCUUGGUCCCACAUUAGAGUUUUACACCUUAAUCAGUCAUGAGUUUCAAAAGCCUGGCCUUGGUAUGUGGAGAGAGGAUCAUGGUUCAUUUUCAUCCAACAAGGUUAUGGAAACGCAUGGUUCAGAAAUGAUUCUCUCUCCUUUCGGACUUUUUCCCUGCCCCUGGGCUCCUGCUUUAUGUACAUCUGAAAAUGUAGAGUUUGCGGAAGUUAUUAACAGGUUCAUUCUACUUGGGAAGCUUGUGGCAAAAGCUCUUCAAGAUGGGAGGGUCUUGGAUCUGCAUUUGUCUAAAGCGUUUUAUAAACUAAUUAUUGGACAGGACCUUACUUUGUAUGACAUCCCCUCAUUUGAUCCUGAGCUUGGUAGGACUCUGCUAGAAUUCCAGGCUCUAGUUGACAGGAAAAGGUUUCUGGAAUCUGUUCAUGGUGAAAGCUCAACCCUCAGAAAUGACUUGUGCUUUAGGAAUAUCGCUAUGGAGGAUCUUUGCCUGGAUUUCACUGUUCCUGGUUAUACAAAUUAUGUUCUUUCAUCUGGACCUGACCAUAAGAUGGUAAAUAUGACUAAUCUGGAGGAUUACGUAUCAUUCGUUGUGGAUGCUACCACAAAUUCUGGAAUUUCAAGACAAGUAGAGGCCUUCAAAUCUGGAUUUAAUCAGGUUUUCCCCAUUAAGAAUCUUCAGAUUUUCAGUGAGGACGAACUAGAGCGCUUAUUAUGUGGAGAAAAUAAUUCUUGGGAGUUCAGUGAGCUCUUGGAGCACGUCAAGUUCGAUCAUGGGUACACCGCAAGCAGUACUCCGGUCAUCUAUCUUUUGGAAACCAUUCAAGAAUUUGACCGGGAGCAGCAGCGGUCAUUUCUGCAAUUUGUGACAGGAGCACCUCGUCUUCCUUCAGGGGGUUUAGCAUCACUCAACCCGAAACUGACAAUUGUUCGGAAGCAUUGUAGCAAAUCUGCAGAUGCUGAGCUGCCCAGCGUGAUGACCUGCGCCAACUAUUUGAAGCUACCGCCUUACUCUUCUAAAGAGAAGAUGAAGGAGAAGAUCUUAUAUGCCAUAAGAGAAGGCCAGGGGUCAUUCCAUCUUUCAUAGGCUGCAUAGCACCCAAGAUGAGUAUGAAGGAACGUGUAAAUUUGUAAUUAUUUAGGUUAUGGCUGACGUGCUGUAGAUAAAGAAAUGGGGGUGGUGAAGAAGCGUGCACUAAACCCAAAUGUCAAGCGAUUGGUCUCCAACAAGCAGAACCCUCGCUUCGCCGAACUACAUCACUGACCAGUAAAUUAGAGGAAGUGGUUUUGCGCAAGUGAUGGAACUGCACAGAAAAUGGUGGUGUCUUUUUUAGUUCUUAGUACAUUUUGUACAUAUUUUAUGUACAGAAACCAAUUUCAAGAGAUAGUGCCAUUUUUUGCUAGUAAUAUGAAAGUGCCACGGAAAUUGGGGAAAGCCAACGAGUUCAUCGGA